AUGCACUUUUCCUCGGUGAAAGUCUUACAUUUACUAUUCCAAGUCGCACAAGGUAAUGGUCAAAUUCGUUGUAUUCAAACAAUGAAUGGAACAAAUACAACUGAAUCUAUUUAUGAAUCUCCACGAUUUUCAGUAUCAAUCUAUUUUUUAUGUUUAUUUAUUCUAUUAACUAUUUCAUUUAUUUCAUUCGUACUUUUACAAUGGAUAUCUAUUGCUCGAAAUGCAAAUCAAAUCGUAGGAGAAGAAUCAUUCGAAAUAAUCAAUCCAAUUAAUAAACAAGAAAAAUCUUUAACUACUUCAUCCUACAUUCUUCUUUCAUUAGGAUGUGCUUAUAUAAGUUCAAUUUUAUUCGGAAUGAUGUUGUCAGUUUCCGCGUAUGUAUUAAUGCCUUAUGGACAAAAUAUUUUUUAUACAAGAACAAUUAUUUCACCAUGGAUGUUGACAUUUGUUUGGAUUCUUGGUAUGAUAAAACCUAUUUUACCUAAACGUUUUAUAUGGAUUUUAAUUAUACUUGGAUCAUUUACAUUUGCGUUUAUUAUGUAUGUUUCAUUCAAAAGUCCGUGUCCUCCAUGGGUUGAUACAGCUAAAAGGAGUGUUUUAGUUUUAUUUAUAUGGCUUAGUAGUUACAUGUCUCUAGGUUAUCCUCGUUUGAUUAUUGCUAAUUAUGUACGAACUUAUUCACCUAAUGGAAUGUUUUGGUUUGGUGUUCAGGUACGAUUUGGUGGAUUAAUUGGAUCUAUUAUUUCUUAUCUUUUUAUUGAAAUAUUUUCGCUAUUUCGUGAACGAAUGCCAUGUGAACAAAAUAUUUGUUAA